AUGCCCAUAGUUCAUCACGAAGCAGCUCAUCCAAGUUUCCACCAGAGCACCGGUAGCAAGCCUCAGGUCAUGCAAAGCGGUACUAAUGCCAAUCGAAUGCCAAUAGCAGGAUCUAGAGAAUCUACUACAAGGGAAAAAGUAUGUGUGUUGCCCGUCCUCAACAACACUCUGCUUCCGCACAAGGAGGACAGUUGGCUAGACAUAGGAUUCGACUGUGGAAUGGUACACCAGCUCAGGAGGAGGGAAUAUAACUAG